AUGAUCACCAGGGAGUCUCAGUCUGUCUUCAACUUCGGCCGUGGCGCCUACGAUACCACCGGUGUCCCCAAGCCCCCACAGCCGCCCAAGCCCAGCCGGAGCGAAACAGCGGCGCUCGACAUUUUGGCCAUGUUCUCAUUCCUGAAUCGACAUUGGGACGACAAUCAACAACCAAAACAUGGCGGCGAUCUUGAACCAGCAGGACCAUGCACCUCUUCGUUUUUGCGACUUCUCUUUUCGACUACUAUACUAUAA